AUGUUGGAGCCCGACGCAAAGCAAAAGGACAUUACCUAUCAGAGAAGAAAUCCUCGGCCAUUGAGCCUGAUACCCGACCUUGAUGUCCCACCAUUAGUACCUCGAUGGUUUCAUGCUAUCGAUAACCCAGUAAUAGAUCCCAUUUCAAUUAGAAGAGCCAAGAGCUCAUCCACCUUGAACAAAACCCCUAUACCAAACAGUCCAUCCACACCAAAGCUUAAACUAUCAUCCAAAUGGGUUCCUUUUUCUCAACGUGACUCUGCUGCACUUGAAAAAGCGUACCAGAACCAUGAUGUCAGAGCCAAGGUGCCUGUUAACGAGGAUCAUCUGUUUGAAGUGGAUGUAACUCAGCGCACCAUCAGUCCAGUGUACUGGGAGGGACCUAGCUAUGAGGUACGUAGAGCGACAUGGUUCAUGCAAAGCGACGGUUGGGUGCCUUGUGAAGAGAACAUUGCCGAGCAAAUUGAAUUGGGCUACUAUAAACACAAGCCUUAUUUAUCAGCCAAUACUACUGCAACAACAACAACAACAGCUACUACUGCUGGUAUGGAGGAUGAAGCAGCGCAAUCCAUUGCUCCCGCGAAAGGCACGGCGUCUCCGGUCGCUAGCACCUCCACAACUGCUAUCAUGUCCACAUCAGCACCCGCAUCCACCUCCAUAACCGCAUCAGAAACAACUGUCGAAGAAAAGAAAUUAGAAAUGUCAUUAGCACAAAAACCAGUGGACAAACAGUGGAACCUACUGGGCCCAUAUCUAGGACAAUACAUUGUAUAUACAGGCGAAAAUCAUGCUUGGCUGUUAUCAAAUAGCACCAGUAGCAAGUUUGCCAAGAGCAUCAUCACUCGACUCACCAACAAGCAGAAUUUAGGUGGAACUCGUCUGAUUCGAGGCUAUCCAGCAGUGGAAGAGAUGACAAAAAAAUCCAAAACAUCAUCCGCAACAGCAUCCAAAUCAGCAGCACCCACGGCGGUUGAUGAAGACAAGGUAGAUUCAUCUUCGGAUGAGGAAUCGAACGUGAAAGAAGAGGAGAAGCAGCAAAUGGAAGCCAAUGAGGCUGAGGAUUACGAUAAUGAGAAUAGCGAGGAAGAGGUGCGAAAGAUUGAUCAUUUGAUGUUUGUCAUUCACGGCGUUGGACAAAAGAUGUCUGAAAGAACAGGCCAGACAUUUGUGCAUGAUGUCAAUGUGAUGAGAAAGACCUUUAAAUUAGCAUAUCCUGCAGCCAUAUCAACGACAAGUACGCCCAAUAGAACGAACGGUAUUCAGGUACUGCCCAUCAUGUGGAGACAAGACAUCAAGUUUGGUAUGGCAGCGGACGAUGAGGAAGGGUUUGAGGCAGAUCUCGGUACUCUGGGCGUAGAAGAUGGAUGUCCCACGUUAGAUGAAUUGACAUUGGAUGGUGUGCCCAACAUCAGAACUGUGGUAUCCGAUGUGUUGAUGGAUGUGCCCUUGUAUAUGACACCUAGAUACCGUGAAUUGAUGACACAGAUCAUCUCCAAAGAGAUCAACAGAGUGUACCGCCUAUUUGGCAACAGAAACCCUGAAUUCCUUGAAAAGGGCAAAGUGUCCAUAUUUGGCCACUCGCUCGGGUCUUUACUGGCCUUUGAUAUGCUGACAUUGCAACCCUCCACACCCCCAGAUCACCUUAGACAGCCGUUAGAAGAGCACCCUAUACCAAGCAUCAAAACCAACGAUAGAAAGCUACCGCCACUGACCUUUCCAGUACAAAACUUUUUUGCAGCUGGAUCCCCACUGGGCGUCAUCCUACUAUUACGAGGAUUCAAAAUUGCAUCGCGCAAAUCGUUGUCAGAUGCUCAUGCUGCCCUUUCCGACGUCAAAUCACCAUCACCCACAUCCAUCAAUUUCUGUUAUCCUGCAGUAGACAAUUUGUACAACAUAUUUCACAAAGCAGAUCCAGUUGCUUACCGACUUGAACCUCUUAUUGCGCGACACUACACUGCUAAACUGAAGCCUGAACCCAUUCCUUACAUGAAGGGCGGUUUAAAGGGUGUGAUUGACGCCAGUUUCAAUGUCGGAUCUGGUAUUGCGAAUCGAGCAGGUGCCAUGUACGAAUCAUUCAAAAUGGGAUUGACGACAAACUUGUUUAUGCGUGGUUUGGGAUUAUCAAGACAACAAAUCUAUGAAGACGCACAUCCGGCGGCAGAAGAUGAUGUGUACCAGCAUGACAGUGAUGAUGGUGGAGCAACACCUUCUGCCAAAGAAACGGAGGAGGAUGACACUGCCAUCAAUCGCCUGACUCGCAUUAGAUCCAACAGUGAUCCAGCACACGCCUUCUCCAAAACAGAUUUCAGGUACAAGAACAACAGCAGUAGCAGCAGCAUCAAGGGCAAAUCGUCUAUUCGUAAGUCGCCGCCUAUACCACUGCCCACAGCCAACGCAACACCCUAUUCUCAAGGCGCCCAGAAGCUAAAGAUGCUGAAUGCAACGGGAAGAGUGGACUACUGCAUACAAGAGGGUUUAUUAGAGAAUCCAUACUUGAGUGCUUUCAGUGCACAUAUGCAAUAUUGGCAGGACCUGGAUGUAGCAGCUUUUAUCAUCAAACAAAUAUACAAAUAA